AUGACUGCAUCUGGAGCUAGAAACAUAAGGCUACCACUGAUGAAUCUUGUAAGACUAAAAGGAGUAACAAUUUUACAGCAAUUACAUCUUGAGGAUAGACUGCUUCGAAAGUCAUCUGAUAACUGGUGCAUCAUCAAUGAUGGAACAUAUGACCUAACUAUUGUCAUGGGUAUAUCAGGGAAACAUGUGGAACUUCUUGAAAUUGACUCUGUUUUACAAGAUGAAAUUCCUGUUAUCCGAAGGUUUACUGGAGGAGGGAGGGAAGCUGAAACUUUGAUAAUAAGCUCUUGUAAUUCCAAGGCAUAUGGGUCACAGAGAAUCUCCUUGAGGCACUCGGGCAUAAGGGAAUCUGAAGUUGAUGAUUGUCCUCUAAUAUAUUUCGAAGCAUAUAGGUCGGAGAGAAUCCUCUUGAAGUACUUAGGUCGGAAGGACUCUGAGGCGUACAGAAAUGGAUUCUCUUUGUUCCGGAGCAUUUAUGUUGGAGGGAAUCCAAAGUUUAGAUAUUUUAGUUGA